AUGCCGAAGCCAACAGGGCUCAUUUUGCGCAAUGGAGCAAUUCUAGGAAUUGUUGUACUUUCGCUGACUGGCAUGACAUCAGCCUUGGAAGUUGAUGAGCAUCCCGAAGAAGCAUCGCAGUACUCUCCUCCCUCGCUUUAUGCAAGCCGCGCAAACCCUAGUGUCUAUGCAACGGCACUGAGUGAGUUGCAAGAAUUGGAGUCGGAGCCUUUUUGUCACAGAAUUGCAGCCAGAUUGCUGGUCAAUAAUUGUCAACUUCUGGAUGGACGAAAUGAUGCGACGGUGAUAACCAACACUGGAAGAGCGGCAAGAGACUUCGUGGACUUCUUUGCUGCCAGCUUAGCAAUUUGUGACUUGGAGAGAGCCAACUUUGCGAUCCCGCCAGCGUGCCAUAAAUUCCGGGAGCCAGUGUUGGCAAGUCUCCCAUCGCCUUCCAAACCAGAGCUCCAUGUCAUAACUAGUGAGAUUGAUGACUGUCUCGAAGGCCUGGCGCGAUCCGACUCGGCUUGGAGCACAUGGGUGAGCUAUCGGCACAAAGCACUUGGAUUCUGCGAGGCUGCUCGAGUAGACGGCGAGAAAGAUCAUCAUAUUUUCCUCCAUCAAAAACUUGCAAAUAUCCUCGAGAAACUCGCAACUGAGGCCGAAGUCGAAGUACAAAAUCGGCUCAACAAGCUCGAUCAAAUGUUCCAAGAGUCCAGCGACAAGGCGAAGAUUUUGGCAGCUCACGUAAUGGGACUCAACACAAGCUUGCAGUAUUUUGAACAGGCCAUUACCAAUUCAAUUUUGACCAAAUCCAAAGAAACCGAAAUUGUCAUCCAAAAAGGCUUGAGCGAGGCACAGUCUCUCCAACUCUUGAUGGAAGAAGUAGUCCAGAUGAUGAGAUCGAGAGAAGAUGAACGUGCUCAAUCACUUGAGACUGCAAUGGAAGUGGCUGCGAUGCAGAUUCACCGAGAUGCUAAUGAGGUCACAAGGAUGUUGACAGCCGUCGCAAUGUCAACACUCACUCUGCAGGCACAACUAGACAAGUCUGAAAGCCAACUAUCUUCUGUGAUGCAUAAGCAGGAACAAGUUCACGGAGGAAUGGAGAAAUUGAACCUUCUAGCAGACCUGGUGGCUGAUAAAGACAAAGCUCACCAAGAAAUGCUCCAGUCAGCACAGAAUAAGACCGCUGACCUACUGGCAUCGCUUGAAGCAGCCUCACUUUCCAUGGGUAGUCUGCGGUCGUCAUUCACGGACACUGGCUUGGCUGGCUGGUGGCCGUAUAUAGUUUGUCCAGCUGCGUCGCUGGUCCUCGGAUCUUACGGGCUUCAACCGUCGGUCUCGCGAAAUAUAUUACUCUUAGGCGCUGGCGAAAUCGCCGGGUUCUUCAUGGCGUUUGCGAACAAUCACGGGAGCGAGAUUUUAGACUAUUUGUUUUUCGCCGGGAAUUUCACAUCAAGAAGUGGCCAUAUUAACGAAACUUUGAAUGGUGAUUCGGCAACCUUUUGA